AUGGCUGAUGUUGAAGUCGAGGUACCCGUCAACCCGGUCCUUAGCGGUGGGGCUAUGGACGUAAAUACAGCUCUGCAGGAAGUGCUGAAAACUGCUCUUAUCCAUGGAGGUCUGGUGCAUGGUAUCCACGAAGCCGCUAAAGCCCUUGACAAGAGGCAAGCAGUCCUUUGUGUGCUGGCCGAGAACUGUGAUGAGGCUGCAUACAAGAAACUUGUACAGGCACUAUGCAAUGAGCACCAAAUCCCUCUUGUAAAGGUUGACAACAAUAAAAAACUUGGUGAAUGGGCUGGUUUAUGCAAAAUUGACAAAGAUGGCAAGGCAAGGAAGAUAGUCGGUUGCUCAUGUGUGGUGAUCAAAGAUUUUGGAGAGGAGACGCCAGCGCUAGAUGUGCUUAAAGACUACCUUAAGUCUUCAAGU